AUGGAAUUCUCAGUGAUAACACGCGCUAAGGGACUGGUUGCGCCUUCGGAGCCGACGCCAUCGGGUAUUCUCGAGUUAUCGGUGGUGGACAGGCUGCCGGCGCUGCGGUGCAACGCCCGAACGCUUCAUGUGUUCCGACAUGGACCGGCGGCGGUGGAGGUGAUACGCGAAGCUUUGGGCAAAGCGUUGGUUCCUUACUAUCCUCUGGCGGGGAGGUUGCUUGUUUCUGAUGAGAAUGAGCUUCAGAUUGCUUGUACCGGAGAUGGGAUUUGGGUGGUGGAUGCAUUGGCUGAUUGUACCUUGGAUGAUGUUAAUUACUUGGACGACGCCAUGUCUAUUCCUUAUGAGAAGCUUCUGCCUCCUCCGCCGCCACUGACUGACGGCGUAGAUCCUCUGGUGCAAAUGCAGGUAACACAAUUUGGUUGCGACGGAUUCGUGAUGGGGCUGAUAUUCUGCCACAGCAUAUGCGACGGUCUCGGCGCCGCGCAGUUCCUCAAUGCCGUCGGAGAAAUGGCCCGAGGCGCUCCGGCGCUGACCACCCCGCCGGAGUGGCGCCGGGACUUCCUCCCGCCGUCGCCCUCCGUUCCCCUACCCAUGUCCUUCCCACUGCUUCCGGACCACCAGCUCGAGCCGGCCAUAAUUGAAGUAUCCACCGACGAGAUUGAGAAACUGAAGCGAGAAUUCCAGCAACGGAGCGGCAAGAAUUGCUCCACAUUCGAGUUGGUGGCGGCGGCGCUGUGGCGGCGGCGCACGGAGGUGAUCGCGCUGGACAAGGAUACGGAGGUGAAGCUGGUCUUCUUCGCCAACUGCCGGAAUCUGGUGGAACCACCGCUACCGGAGGGAUUCUACGGCAACUGCUUUUUUCCGGUGACCGUGACGGCGAAGAGCCGGGAGGUGGUGGCGAAGGAUGUGUUCGAGGUGGUGGAGUUGAUCAAGGAGGGGAAGGCGCGGCUGGCAGAGGAGUUUCGAAAGUGGACGGGAAAGGCGGAGGCGCGGACGGGGCCGGACCCGUUUGCGCCGCCGCUGGAGUACCGGACGCUGUUUAUAUCGGAGUGGGGGAGACUCGGGUUCAUGGAGGUGGACUACGGGUGGGGGAACCCGGUUCAUGUUGUUCCGGUUCAGGGGUCGAGCGUCAUUCCGGUCGGAAUUGUCUGCUCACAGCCGCGCCCGCGAACCGGGGCCCGGCUCAUGACGUGGUGCGUCAACAUAUCCCAUCUUCCGGCUUUGCUACAAAACUUCCAAACUUGAAAUUCUUUCUGAACAAAAUAAGAUAAGAAAGAGUGGAUGAAAUUUGAAAACAAUGUUCUUAAAAUAGAGUUCACAUGCCUGAGCUCGAAAAUAAAAUACUAUUCACUAUC